AAGAAGAAGAAGAGGAAUGGCGUAACCGUUGACGAAGACGAUGAAGAAGGGGUUGGUGGUGUACAAGAUAUACAAAGCCCUAAGCUACGGUUUAUCGCCGUUAAUCCGCCUUCACUUGCGGUGGCGCAGGUUCCGCGGCCUGGAGCAUCCCCGACGAUGGCCGGAGCGGCUCGGUCACCCGUCGCAGCCACGACGGCCGGGACAACUCGUGUGGUUCCACGCCGUUUCGUUAGGCGAAGGAAUGAUAGCGAUUCCUGUGAUCAAACACUGCAUUCAGAAGAGGCCUAACUUGAAUGUGCUCAUGACUAUCACCACAAUGUCUGCGUUUGAAGUGUUAAGCAACUGGCUUCCAAGUGAAAUCAUUUUACAGUUUUCACCAAUCGAUACACCUGCUUCUAUCCAUUCCUUCCUUCAUUACUGGAAACCAAAUGCUAUUGUGCUAAUGGAAAGUGAACUCUGGCCAAAUCUUAUCAUGGAUGCUUCCAAAAAUGGUAUAACACUGGCACUGUUAAAUGCUCGGAUAUCUGAAAAAUCCUUUAAAGUUUGGUCAGGACCAGUGCUACUACCUUUAAUUUCAUUGAUGUUAUCCAAGUUUUCCUUGAUUGUCCCAUUGAGUACAGAGCAGGGUAUCCGGUUUCAGCUACUGCAAGCCCCACCUUGUAUCAUAAACUUUUCUGGUGAUCUGAAGUAUGUAAUAGAAGAUUUUGGAGUCAAUGAAAGAAGCAGAAAAAGUAUAGACAAUCUGAGACUACAGCUUGCUCAAAAGCAGGUUUGGAUGGCUUCUUCCAUUCACAGGGGAGAAGAAGAAAUAAUAUUAGGAGUUCACAUUGUCCUUAUGCAGCUGCAACCUAAUAUAAUGACUAUUAUUGUCCCUCGGCAUCCACAGCAAGGAAGGGAGAUUGCUAAAAAAUUGGAGAAAGAAGGACAAAAUGUAGUUUUGAGGUCUCAACAUGAGAAGUUUAAGCCAGGAACAAAUAUUUAUGUGGUGGACACUUUGGGUGAAUUAAGACACUUGUACUCAUUAACACCUAUAGCUGUGGUUGGGGGUUCAUUCCUCCCUGGUUUAUCUGGGCAUAAUAUCUCAGAAGCUGCUGCAUCUGGCUGUGCUAUUUUGACAGGUUGUCACGUUGGGCAUUUCUCCCACAUGGUACUGGAAAUGCAACGCUCUAAUCCUUUGUCAGUCCUUCAGGUGGGGAAGACAUCUCUAUUGCUAGUUUCUGGAAAACUGGAGCUUGAAAAGGCUCUCAUUAAGCUCUUUACAAAUGCAACACUUCUGGAAGCACAUCGUAGAGCUGCAAAGGAAGCAUUUCGUAGUUUGUCCAGUGACAUUGUUGCGGAGAUAUGGAGUUUGCUAAAUUUUCAUAUUUUUAGUAGAUUGUCUGCAGAGGAAACUAAGACUGCGUGAGAAAUGAAGUUUCUUAAGGUCACAACAAAUUUUCAUCCAGACUCUAGCCAUUUAUUGAAUUCAUUUAACCUGCGAUAGAUGCAUCCGACAAUUGCAAUCCUUUUCCCUGUAACUGUGGUUUGUUUUCUCAUUAAGAAUUGCUAGAAAAGAUUUAAGUUUAGCAUCAUCAAAUGUUUUUGUAUAUUAGCUUAACAGCCUGCCAUCAAUCUUCUCACUUAUCAAAACUUUGUUGCUUUCUUACUCAUAUAUAUUUAUUUUUGUAAUU